AUGGCUGCUGUUGUACUCAUAUUUCGCGACGUCUUGAGUUAUGCCUUCACUGAUGGUCAAACUGUAGCUGAUGCAGUCUCAGAUUUAGCACCAUUGUUGGCAGUCUCCAUCGUGCUUAAUGGUGUUCAACCUGUUUUAGCUGGGGUUGCUGUUGGGUGUGGAUGGCAAGCAUUUGUUGCUUAUGUGAAUGUUGGAUGUUACUAUAUUGUUGGAAUUCCAUUGGGUUCACUUCUCGGCUUCAAAUUCGGCCUUGGAGUUAAGGGAAUAUGGUCAGGAAUGAUGGGAGGCACUGCUAUGCAGACGAUCAUCUUAUUGUGGGUCACUUUCCGAGCUGACUGGGACAAAGAGGUGGAGAAGGCGAGGAAUCGACUGGAAAUAUGGGAUGACAAGGAGAAGGAACCUUUGCUUUAA